GUCAUCAUAUUCCCCUCGCCCAGACGACCGGGAUCAGAUCUGAAAACCUUCUCUCUCUCUCUCUCUCUCUCUCUCUAGUGCUCACUUCAGGAAAGAGCAGAGAGGGUCUGCCAUGGUAGAAGCUCAAACAUGGACGUCGAGGCGAGUGAGCAACCCGAGGUUGGAGGCAGAGCAGGUGGUCGACAUCCCUUCCACUCCCACCAGCGAAGUACGCAACCACAGCUCUAUUAACGGUAGCUUUUUCUCUUUCUCCCCCAAUGUGAUCACUGCCCUGAUCAUCGCUUCCUGGUAUACCUCCAACAUUGGAAUCUUAAUACUCAACAAGUACCUCCUCAGCUUCCAUGGCUACCGCUACCCAAUCUUCCUUACCAUGCUUCAUAUGCUUUCCUGCGCCGCUUACAGUUCCAUUGCCAUUCACUGGCUCCAACUCGUUCCCUUCCAGCCGAUCCUCUCCCGCCGCCAGUUCCUCAAGAUCGCCGCCCUUAGUGCCAUCUUUUGCUUCUCCGUCGUAUGCGGCAACACUUCUCUUCGUUACAUACCAGUCUCCUUCAACCAAGCUAUUGGCGCUACUACCCCUUUCUUCACUGCCGUCUUCGCUUUCAUCAUCACUUGCAAGAAGGAAUCUGCCGUGGUCUACCUCGCCCUUUUGCCUGUCAUGUUUGGGAUCGUAGUUGCCAGCAAUAGUGAACCAAUGUUUCAUAUGUUUGGGUUUCUGGUCUGUAUCGGAUCCACCGGUGGCCGAGCUUUGAAGUCGGUAGUCCAAGGAUUGCUUUUAACAUCGGAGGCCGAGAAGCUUCACUCCAUGAAUCUGCUUCUCUACAUGGCUCCCAUGGCAGCUCUGAUUCUAAUUCCCUUCACUCUGUACAUUGAGGGCAAUGUGGCUGCAAUUACCUUUGAGAAGGCCAGGGAGGAUCGUUUUAUAGUGAUUCUGCUUCUGGGGAAUGCUACGGUGGCCUAUUUGGUUAACUUGACUAAUUUCCUGGUGACCAAACAUACGAGCCCAUUGACGCUGCAGGUGCUGGGGAACGCCAAAUCCGCCGUGGCCGCGGUCGUAUCAGUACUGAUUUUCAGGAAUCCGGUGACGGUGAUGGGGAUGGCUGGCUUUGCUGUUACGAUUAUGGGGGUGGUUCUUUACAGCGAAGCUAAGAAGAGAUCCAGAGUUGCAGCUCAUUAACCAGAGUACUAAUAAUUCAACAAACUGCAAUUUUUUUGUCCGAAAUUCAGUUUUUAUUUUUCAGUUUUUUUCUCUUUUCCAAUCUAAUUCAUUAUUUUUAACCAAAAGAGAAAGGAGAGCAUCAACUGAAUAAUGUGAUCAAUCAAAUUUAAUUGUAUAUGUUGUAGUUGUUGCAGUCUAAAAAGCUCGACUCUUUUGCUUUCUUCAUUUGAUGAUCUUGGUGGGUUGGUAAGAGAGAGAAAGGGGAAAAGAAAUUACCUUUCUUUCACUCUCCCCAUUAUGAACCAUUGUGUCCUGGUUGUUGCAAUCAGAACACACACUAGAUUGUUGGGAUUUUUUGGGUGAUCUCCAAGCCUUCUUGAGGAUGAGUGAAGGCUAAGCAAAUUCCUUUCUGCUAUUUAUAAAACAUCUUGAUUAAGCUCUCUUUUAUUA